ACGCUCCCAAUCAAAACAGAAGCUGCUAUGAGGAGCAAAGACUCUCAAGUUUUUGAUGCCCAGUACAAAGUGAAAGACCAGCAAAUUCCCUGCAGCACUGAAGUUCAUGUUUUCAAGCCUUCUCAUGGCAGUAAUCAAUGCAAAAGCAAAAAAAUAUAUAGCCGAGUGACACCUGAAACAUUUGUUGAAAAAGAUCUGCAGUGUCACUCAGCUAAAAUGUUGAACUUGCCAUCAUCUGUAUCGAUCAGUAAAAUUAGUCUGAUCCUAUCGGAAUCAGACCAAGCUGAGACGGACUUCAAAGAGCUCCAUGAUGAGUACAACCAUAUUCCUCAGCUUUUCACAACAAAUCCUUCCAAAAACAUGUUCAGGGGAACCUCUGAUCCUAACCUGUUUGAAUCACCUGAGAUUCACAAAGCAACUUUGGCAACUGAAGAAGUCAGAGACGCAGAUCCAAGAAGUAAGGUGUCGCAGAAGUGUAUUGAUGAAAUCACAGACCUGUUUAUCACAGACCAUUCCAGGAUCUCUCAAGUCCCCAGUGUGAACACGGGCUACGGUCCCUUUACAUCAAGCAAAGAGGACAACACAAAAUUUCAACUGAAAAUUGUUGAGUACCCGGAAAACAUGCAUUUCAUUGAUGAUGAUGAUCCUGUCCAGUCAGUGGACUCCAUUUUUGCUGCAACCAAGUGCAAAAUGGUGAAUGAUAGUAAAAACAUUCAGAUGGCCUGUGACUCAACUGAUAGCUCUCUUUAUAGUUCAAUCAGUCCAGACAGUGACAAACACAGGGCAAAGACGGCCUCUUCCUGCCUUUAUCUGCCUAUCACGGAAGAACAAGAGCAAGAAGAGCAAGAUGAAACAUUAUCUUCCACCAGCACAAAUUAUGAUCCUUAUGUUUAUGAAAAACAUUUCUUACCACCUGAAUCUUGGACAUUAAAUGACUAUUUUUCUAGAAUGUCAUCACCAGAAUCUGUUAUGUCAGUCAGUGAUUAUAGGGCAAUGUCUCCAGACUCUCCUCUUAGCAAAAGAAAGGACCUUCACAUAAUUGAUAACAGCUGGACACUCUUUUCAAGCACUGACAAGUGUAAUUUAUCGGACAUGACAGUCAUUACUGUUAAUAACACGGAUCAUAGCCAAUCACACCUGUUUGAUUUUACACCUGAACCUGGUGCAAAACCAAAACUUGUACAGGAAUUUCAUUGCAUAUCUCACGUGGCAAAUCACAGUCCACCUUUACCUUUACUCCAGGAAGAGAUCAGAGAAAUUCUUAGUUCGACACCAAACAUUCUGUCCAUUGAGCACUUGAAUGAAAUAUCUUCACAAGAUUUAAGCACAAGUAAUGGUGAAAAUCAGUUGUCAAACAUGGAUUGCAGGCCAUUGUCCCCACAAUCUCAGACUUCUCAGUGCAGUUUUUCAUUCCUUGAAGUCUUGCUCUCUGAACCAACCCGUGCCCAACUGAAGAGUCAGUAUUGUGAUUACCUUCUACUGUAUUCAGGAGAUAUUCCAACCUCACCCCUACUGACUUUUUACAAUACACCAGUUAACUGUCAACACCCUGGAGAUAGUAGUUCAGCUGAAGCAAAUGAUUAUCAUCCACAACCCAAAAUUUCCAUGCAAUUACAAAACAUCCCCAGUGUAGAAAAGCCUGCAUCAUGGCAAGGAAUCUGUGUUUCAGCUGUCAAUAAAGAAGAGACCAAGUGUGGAGAUGACAAACACAUUUUGUUUCAAUGUAAGCCACCAUCACCUAAAUUCCCUGCGCAAAAGACAGAAAGUAAGCAAUCAUUUCUCGAUUACUGGUUUACAAAGUUGGCACCUCAAUCUUCAAAUGUAUUACCAUCAACAUAUGGAUCAGAUGUUGAUAUCAAAGAUAUUCCACUAAACACAAAAGACAUCAGUCCAGUUCAAGGGUCUUCACAUCAGAGUUGGAUGAAAGAAUCAACAAAAGUAAAUAUUUGUUUAGAUGACAAAUUUCAACCAUCAUCUUUUACCUCCGACAGUAUAUCACUACCACAAAUUAAGGAGCCAAUUAUCUUUAACUUUGUGGAAAAACCAAAGUACACUUUUAAGUUUCCAAAAGAAAAAAUAGUGACAUUAUGCAAAAAAGAAUCUUCUACGUUUGAGAAGGUGACCCAACAGAACGUGCCAUCAAAUUUUAUAUCAUCCUCUACAAAACCAAGCAUGUCAUUGACAAAGUAUUCUUUCUGUCCUGACUUAAUUGAGCAGAAUAAAUAUUGCAACUAUUUCUUACAGUACUCUAACAUUUUUGAUGAGGUUAGACCACUGUCCCCACAGUCAGUUUUGUCAGAUGUUGCCCUUGAUACAUUCUUUAGCAGUAGGCUAUUGUCUCCAGAUCCUAUUUCCUUUAAUUUGGACACAUCAGUCCUUUGGGACUGUGUGCUAGACAUCAGGGCAUCCUCCCCAGAGUCUGUGGUAUCAGCUGAGAAGGCCUUGUUCUGUCCUGGAGCAUUUGGGGAAAACCAAAAACAUAAUUGUAAUUAUUACUUAAACUACUCUGAAGAUAGGCCAGUUACACUUCUGUCAACAGUGUCUGACAAUGAGUAUUCCGUUAUAUGUUUUAGUGAUCUCUUUGAUAGUAACAGGCCAGAAUCGCCAGAGUCCAUUAUGUCAGAAAAUAUAGAUUCAGCAAAUCCAGUCACAGUGAAUUCAUGCCAAACUCAGUAUGGUGCAAGACCUUUCACAUAUGCAGAUGUUGUGUGUGGCAUGGAAAAAGAAUACCAAGUAGAUCACAUGUCUGAGGUAAAGACAUUUAAGUCUCAGCCAAUUUUGCUCUCAUCAGACUCCCUUGAUGAGUUGUCAGACUACUCCUCAGAUGAAUUGGUCACAAUGGUGAGACCUCAUUCUCCAGAGUCUGUAGUGUCACAAUGUGAAUACCGGCUACUUUCUCCUGACUCCCCUAUUCCUCAUUUUGAUGUAUCUCACAUACAACAUCAUGACCAAUGUUUCAACCAAAGGUCGUACACACCGGAAUCCAUUGUUUCUGAUUGGGAAGAGAAUGAUUUGUGUCUCACUAAGCUUUUUGAUGAGGCCAGUCCAAUCUCUCCACAAUCAGUUUUGUCAGAAUUGGAACUUGAUACCUCACUUAGCAGCAGGGCAUUGUCUCCAGAUUCUGUAUCCUGUGAUCAGGACAUGUCACUGCUUCAAAACUGGUUGUUAGACCUCAGAGUAUCUUACCCAGAGUCUGUGGUAUCAAAUGAGAAGGGCAUAUUUUGUCCUGAAACAGUUAAUGAAAACACAAACGAGUAUUGUAAUUAUUACUUAAGAUACUCUGAAAAUGGGCCAGCUACAACGUCUAAUGAUGAGUAUUCAGAAUUAUGUGUCAGCAAUAUCUCUGUUCAUGGCAGGCAAGAAACGCCCGAGUCCAGAAUGUCAGAAUAUAUAGUCUCAGCAAAUCAAGUCAUAGUACAAUCAUGCCAACCUCAGUCUUGUGCAAGACCUUUCACAUAUGCAGACGUUGUGCGAGGCUUUACACAUGAAAAGCAAGGAGAUUCAAUGUCUGAAGUAAAGACAUUUGAGUCUCAGCCUAUUUUUCUAUUAUCAGACUCCCUUGAUGAUUUGUCGGACUACUCCUCGGAUGAACUAAUCACAGAGGUGAGACCUUAUUCUCCAGAGUCUGUGAUGUCACAAUGUGAACACAGGCUACUUUCUCCUGACUCUCCUAUUCCUCAUUUUGAUGUAUCUCACAUACAACAUCAUGACCAAUGUUUCAACCAAAGGUCGUACACACCGGAAUCCAUUUUUUCUGAUUGGGAAGAGAAUGAUUUGUGUCUUGGCUACCUUUUUGAUGAGACCAGACCAAACUCUCCGAAGUCAGUUUCGUCAGAAUUGGAAUUUGAUACCUUACAUAGCAGCAGGGCAUUGUCUCCAGAUUUUGUUUCCUAUGAUGAGGACAGGUCACUCCUUCAGACCUGGUUGUUAGACCUCAGAGUAUCUUCUCCAGAGUCUGUGGUAUCAGUUGAGAGGGGCUUAUUUUGUCCUGAAACAGUUUAUGAACACACAAACAAGUAUUGUAAUUAUUACUUAAGAUACUCUGAAAAUAGGCCAGCUACAACGUCUAAUGAUGAGUAUUCAGAAUUACGUGUCAACAAUAUCCCUGAUCGUGGCAGGCAAGAAAUUCCAGAGUCCAGAAUGUCAGAAAAUAUAGUCUCAGCAAAUCAAGUCAUAGUACACUCAUACCAACCUCAGUCUUGUGCAAGACCUUUCACAUAUGCAGACGUUGUGCGAGGCUUUACACAUGAAAAGCAAGGAGAUUCCAUGUCUGAAGUAAAGACAUUUGAGUCUCAGCCUAGUUUUCUAUUAUCAGACUCCCUUGAUGAUUUGUCGGACUACUCCUCGGAUGAACUAACCACAGAGGUGAGACCUCAUUCUCCAGAGUCUGUGAUGUCAAAAUGUGAAUAUAGGCUACUUUCUCUUGACUCCCCUAUUCCUCAUUUUUAUGCAUCUCACAUACAACAUAAUGACCAAUGUUUCAACCAAAGGUCGUACACACCGGAAUCCAUUGUUUCUGAUUGGGAAGAGAAUGAUUUGUGUCUCACUCACCUUUUUGAUGAGGCCAGACCAAUCCCUCCACAAUCAGUUUUAUCAGAAUUGGAACUUGAUACCUCACAAAGCAGCAGGGCAUUGUCUCCAGAUUCUGUUUCCUCUGAUCAGGACACGUCACUCCGUUGGGACUGGUUGUUCGACUUCAGAGCAUCCUCCCCAGAGUCUGUGGUGUCGCAAUGUGAAUUCAGCGUUCUUUCUCCAGACUCCCCUGUUCCUCAUGUUGACAUAACCAAAAUUGAAGAUAACCAAAAUUUCAACUGCAGGUCAUGCACACCAGAAUCGAUUGUCUCUGAUUGGGAAGAGAAUGAUUUGUGUCUUAGCUACCUUUUUGAUGAGACCAGACCAAUCUCUCCAAAGUCAGUUUCGUCAGAAUUGGAAUUUGAUACCUUACAUAGCAGCAGGGCAUUAUCUCCAGAUUUUGUUUCCUAUGACCAGGACACGUCACUCCUUCGGGACUGGUUGUUCGACUUCAGAGCAUCCUCCCCAGAGUCUGUGGUGUUACAAUGUGAAUUCAGGGUUCUUUCUCCAGACUCCCCUGUUCCUCAUGUUGACAUAGCCAAAAUUGAGGACAACCAACACUUCAACUGCAGGUCAUGCACACCAGAAUCGAUUGUGUCUGAUUGGGAAGAGAAUGAUUUGUGUCUUAGCUACCUUUUUGAUGAGACCAGACCAAACUCUCCAAAGUCAGUUUCGUCAGAAUUGGAAUGUUAUACCUUACAUAGCAGCAGGGCAUUAUCUCCAGAUUUUAUUUCCUAUGAUCAGGACAUGUCACUCCUUCAGAACUGGUUGUUAGACCUCAGAGUAUCUUCCCUGGAGUCCGUGGUAUCAGUUGAGAAGGGCUUAUUUUGUCCUGAAACAGUUAAUGAAAACACAAACAAGUUUUGUAAUUAUUACUUAAGAUACUCUGAAAAUAGGCCAGCUACAACGUCUAAUGAAGAGUAUUCAGAAUUAUGUGUCAACGAUAUCUCUGAUCGUGGCAGGCAAGAAAUUUCAGAGUCCAGAAUGUCAGAAACUAUGUCAGCAAAUCAAGUCAUAGUACAUUCAUGCCAACCUCAGUCUUGUGCAAGACCUUUCACAUAUGCAGACGUCGUGCGAGGCUUUACACAUGAAAAGCAAGUAGAUUCAAUGUCUGAAGUAAAGACAUUUGAGUCUCAGCCUAUUUUUCUAUUACCAGACUACCUUGAUGAUUUGUCGGACUACUCCUCGGAUGAACUAACCACAGAAGUGAGACCUUAUUCUCCAGAGUCUGUGAUGUCACAAUUUGAAUACAGGCUACUUUCUCCUGACUCCCCUAUUCCUCAGUUUGAUGUAUCUCACAUACAACAUCAUGACCAAUGUUUCAACCAAAGGUCGUACACACCGGAAUCUAUUGUUUCUGAUUGGGAAGAGAAUGAUUUGUGUCUCACUAACCUUUUUGAUGAGGCCAGACCAAUCUCUCCACAAUCAGUUUUGUCAGAAUUGGAACUUGAUACCUCACAUAGCAGCAGGGCAUUGUCUCCAGAUUUUGUUUCCUCUGAUCAGGACACGUCACUCCUUAGGGGCUGGUUGUUCGACAUCAGAGCAUCCUCCCCGGAGUCUGUGGUGUCGCAAUGUGAAUUCAGGGUUCUUUCUCCAGACUCCCCUGUUCCUCAUGUUGACAUAGCCAAAAUUGCGGAUAACCAACAUUUCAACUGCAGGUCAUGCACACCAGAAUCGUUUGUCUCUGAUUGGGAAGAGAAUGAUUUGUGUCUUAACUACCUUUUUGAUGAGACCAGACCAAUCUCUCCAGAGUCAAUUUCAUCAGAAUUGGAAUUUGAUACCUUACAUAGCAGCAGGGCAUUAUUUCCAGAUUUUGUUUCCUAUGAUCAGGACAGGUCACUCCUUCAGAACUGGUUGUUAGACCUCAGAGUAUCUUCCCCAGAGUCUGUGGUAUCAGUUAAGAGGGGCUUAUUUUGUCCAGAAACAUUUAAUGAAAACACAAAAAAGUAUUGUCAUUAUUACUUAAGAUACUCUGAAAAUAGGCCAGCUACAGCGUCUAAUGAUGAGUAUUCAGAAUUACGUGUCAACGAUAUCUCUGAUCGUGGCAGGCAAGAAAUUCCAGAGUCCAGAAUGUUAGAAAAUAUAGUCUUAGCAAAUCAAGUCAUAGUACACUCAUGUCAACCUCAGUCCUGUGCAAGAACUUUCACAUAUGCAGACGUUGUGCGAGGCUUUACACAUGAAAAGCAAGUGGAUUCAAUGUCUGAAGUAAAGACAUUUGAGUCUCAGCCUAUUUUUCUAUUAUCAGACUCCCUUGAUGAUUUGUCGGACUACUCCUCGGAUGAACUAACCACAGAAGUGAGACCUUAUUCUCCAGAGCCUGUGAUGUCACAAUGUGAACACAGGCUACUUUCUCCUGACUCUCCUAUUCCUCAUUUUGUUGUAUCUCACAUACAGCAUCAUGACCAAUGUUUCAACCAAAGGUCGUACACACCGGAAUCCAUUUUUUCUGAUUGGGAAGAGAAUGAUUUGUGUCUUAAUCACCUUUUUGAUGAGGCCAGACCAAUCUCUCCACAAUCAGUUUUGUCAGAAUUGGAACUUGAUACCUCACAUAGCAGCAGGGCAUUGUCUCUAGAUUCUGUUUCCUCUGGUCAGGACACGUCAGUCCUUCGGGACUGGUUGUUCAACUUCAGAGCAUCUUCCCCAGAGUCGGUGGUGUCACAUUUUGAAUUCAGGGUUCUUUCUCCAGACUCCCCUGUUCCUCAUGUUGACAUAGCCAAAAUUGAGGAUAACCAACAUUUCAACUGCAGGUCAUGCACACCAGAAUCGAUUGUCUCUGAUUGGGAAGAGAAUGAUUUGUGUCUUAGCUACCUUUUUGAUGAGACCAGACCAAACUCUCCGAAGUCAGUUUCGUCAGAAUUGGAAUUUGAUACCUUACAUAGCAGCAGGGCAUUGUCUCCAGAUUUUGUUUCCUAUGAUCAGGACAGGUCACUCCUUCAGAACUGGUUGUUAGACCUCAGAGUAUCUUCUCCAGAGUCUUUGGUAUCAGUUGAGAGGGGCUUAUUUUGUCCUGAAACAGUUUAUGAACACACAAACAAGUAUUGUAAUUAUUACUUAAGAUACUCUGAAAAUAGGCCAGCUACAACGUCUAAUGAUGAGUAUUCAGAAUUACGUGUCAACAAUAUCCCUGAUCGUGGCAGGCAAGAAAUUCCAGAGUCCAGAAUGUCAGAAUAUAUAGUCCCAGCAAAUCAAGUCAUAGUACACUCAUACCAACCUCAGUCUUGUGCAAGGCCUUUCACAUAUGCAGACGUUGUGCGAGGCUUUACACAUGAAAAGCAAGGAGAUUCCAUGUCUGAAGUAAAGACAUUUGAGUCUCAGCCUAGUUUUCUAUUAUCAGACUCCCUUGAUGAUUUGUCGGACUACUCCUCGGAUGAACUAACCACAGAGGUGAGACCUCAUUUUCCAGAGUCUGUGAUGUCAAAAUGUGAAUAUAGGCUACUUUCUCUUGACUCCCCUAUUCCUCAUUUUUAUGCAUCUCACAUACAACAUCAUGACCAAUGUUUCAACCAAAGGUCGUACACACCGGAAUCCAUUGUUUCUGAUUGGGAAGUGAAUGAUUUGUGUCUCACUCACCUUUUUGAUGAGGCCAGACCAAUCUCUCCACAAUCAGUUUUAUCAGAAUUGGAACUUGAUACCUCACAAAGCAGCAGGGCAUUGUCUCCAGAUUCUGUUUCCUCUGAUCAGGACACGUCACUCCGUUGGGACUGGUUGUUCGACUUCAGAGCAUCCUCCCCAGAGUCUGUGGUGUCGCAAUGUGAAUUCAGGGUUCUUUCGCCAGACUCCCCUGUUCCUCAUGUUGACAUAACCAAAAUUGAAGGUAACCAAAAUUUCAACUGCAGAUCAUGCACACCAGAAUCAAUUGUCUCUGAUUGGGAAGACAAUGAUUUUAUUUUUAGCUACCUUUUUGAUGAGACCAGACCAAUCUCUCUACAAUCAGUUUCGUCAGAAUUGGAACUUGAUACCUCACAUAGCAGCAGGGCAUUGUUUCCAGAUUCUGUUUCCUCUGAUCUAGACAUGUCACUUCUUUGGGACUGGUUGUUAGACUUCAGAGCAUCCUCCCCAGAGUCUGUGGUGGCAGUUGAAAAGGGCAUCUUUCAUUCUGAAACAUUUUUGAAAAACACAAAUCAGUAUUGUAAUUAUUACUUAAGAUACUCUGAAGAUAGGCCGACUUCAUUUCUGUCGACAGUGUCUGAUGUAGAGAAUUCUGAAUUAUGUUUCAAUGAUAUAUCUGAUGAAGGCAGACCAGAAUCGCCAGAGUCCAUUAUGUCAGAAAGUAUAGUUUCAGCAAAUCAAGUCAUAGUACAUUCAUGCCAACCUCAGUCUUCUGCAAGACCUUUCACAUAUGCAGACAUUGUGCGUGGCUUUACACAUGAAUACCAAGUAGAUUCAAUGUCUGAAGUAAAGACAUUUGAGUCUGAGCCUAUUUUUCUAUUAUCAGACCCUCUUGAUGAGUUGUCAGACUUCUCCUCAGAUGAACUGAUCACAGAGGUGAGACCUCAUUCUCCAGAGUCUGUGGUGUCACUAUGUGAAUACAGGCUACUUUCUCCUGACUCCCCAAUUCCCCAUUUUGAUAAAUCUCAAAUAAAACAUCAUGACCAAUGUUUCAACCAAAGGUUGUGCACACCGGAAUCCAUUGUUUCUGAUUGGGAGGGGAAUGAUUUGUAUCUCACAAACAUUUUUGAUGAGGCCAGACCAUUGUCUCCACAGUCAGUUUUGUCAGACUUGGAAUUGGAUACCUUAUUUUGCAGCAGUGUAUGCUUUCCAGAUUCUGAAUCUUCGGACCUUGACAAAUCACUCUUUCAGGACAGGUUGCUCGACUUUAAAGCAUCCUCCUCAGAGUCUUUGGUAUCAGUUGAGGACGAUGUAUUCUGUCCUGAAACAUUUGGUGAAAACAUAAAACCGCAUUGUAUUUAUUACUUAAGCUACUCUAAAGAAAGGCCAGUCACACCUCUGUCAACAGUUCCUGAUGUCGUCUAUUCCGAGGUACGCAUCUGGGAUGCAAGGCAAAUUAAAUCUACAAACGUGUCAUCACUGCCCUUAGGGUUUAUAAAACAGAAACCAUACCUUAAUAAGUUGAUAUCAACUGUGUUUGAUCCCUUGUAUAAAGGAAAAUGUUCUUGCAAAGUGUCACAAUUUACUGUAGAAAAACAACUUGGACGUGAUACCCACCUUCUUCCCUCCAGUUUUGCAAAAGAACAGUCACACAAACAUUCCCCAUGCUUCGAUAAUAUUUUGCAAGAUAAAACGCCAGAUGAGCCUUUUAAUUCCGAAGCUGAGAAAUCAAAUUUUCCUAUAACGUCAUACAUAAAAUCUGCUAAAUCUUUUCAACCUGCUAAUGAAUGUAAUCAGUUGUCAGAAAAUGACCCUAUUUCAACAGAUUCUAAAGGUUUGGAUCAAAACCGCACUGAUGAAUGUCCAAAUAAGAUCAAAUCCGAUUCUUCUUUAUCCUUUCUUCUUGACAGUGAGAGUCAAACCGCAAUGUUCCAUCAAAACAUGUCAGUUCAGUCAUUUAAUGAUGCAUGUUUGUCUAAUUCUGGAUCAACCUCUGACAUUGUCAAUUCAGUAGAACAUUCAUCCUUAAGUUUUGUGUACAAACAACUCAACACGAGGUUAAUAGCACAUUCAUGUGAUCCAGUGUAUAAGGGAAAAUAUGACUGUAACACAGUGAUGCUAGAUCACAAAUCCUCUGAAAACCCCCAACUGGAUAAGGCUACGACAUUUAGUCAUCACCAGCUACAGUUGAGUCACAUGCCAUAUAUCGAAGAAAACAUCGACUUUCACCAUGCUGUCAAAAUUGAGGAUGCCUCCAGGGAACAAACAAUGGAGCACAGACCACAUGUGCAUGACCUUCAGGGGAAACAUACUUUAAAGACAACACACAGCCAAGGAUUGUUUGGCAAGGACGUGAAGAGACAAUCAGUAAGAAUGGACAAGAGCAAAAAGUCUUAUCUUCCGGUAUCAACAGCAUCUUCCAAGGCAAAUCUUUCUGAACCUACAGAACAAAAAGAUCAUUAUUUAGAGGAUUUUGUAAAAAACAAGAUGACCUCAAUGCUUAGUAACACAAACACAAUGUUCUCUGAAAAUAUAGAGUUACCCAUUGCAGGUACAUGUUAUCCAAGUAAAACACCAUUUGAGACCACAUUGACCGAUGCUCUGAGGCAUGACAAAGAAAAUGUUGUAUUCCCCGAACAAAGUGAAGAGUUUGGCUCUAUUAUCAAUGAACCAGCUCAAGACAGUGGUGAGGAGGAAAUUAUCACAUCAUCAAACUCCACGCCAACUGGACCAGAUUCUGUGUCCCCACAGCUUGACCAGCUGUUGUCCGAUCUAGAAGAGAUGAAAGACAAAUUUGAUUUAAAACCAUUUUGUCUACCACUAUUAGAACCCAACGACGAAAGUUCAAAUGUUGAUCUGAUUCAUGACUUUAAAGAACUGCAACCUGAAGAUGAAUGUCCCACAGGGGGAAGCACAUCUCCAAGUGUCAGUAUCAUACAGCUAGAAGAAGAUACAAACAAGACAAAUGUAACAGUGACGUGGUCUCCACCUUUCCAGACUUAUGAUCAACCUGCAGAAGACCCAGUUGCUUCUGAUCUAACAAUUAUACAAUCAAACCUCAGGACUGACAGAGAUUCCGUGCCACUCUCUGGGGCUCUCUCGUAUCCAGAUUUUCCUCAGACAGGUUGUGAAAUUUUUGAACCGUCAUUGGAAUCAAAUUUUUCUGAAGAUGCAGUUCCGCCCAUCAAAUAUAAUGAAAGUGAAGAAAAGGUAUUAUCUUCAGCGUCUUUCCCCAUAGUUUCUGAAGAGACUUCUAGUGAUGAGUAUGAGGAACAUUUUAGAAGUGAUAACGUUCAAAGUCAAGGGCAUGAAUCACUUUUGCUACCUGGAGAAAGGGAAGACACAGCAAGGAAUUGUCUUAAAGACAAAAGCACAACUUUAUACAAGGAACCCUCAGAUUUUCAGAAAGGAUAUUAUUCCUCUGACUUGCCAUUCAAUUUGAUGGUGGACAGGGCACCACAAACCACUGAAAGACAGUUUAGAUCUGCGGAAUCAAUUGUGUGUCCCACCUCAGCGAAGUCUGAGAAGUCCUCAGAUGGGAUUAGUCCAAGGUCUAGUGUGCAAUAUCUGGAAACAUUUACAUCUGAAAGACAGUUAAGCUUUGAGGAACUGAUGCCAGCUAAAUAUUCUUCUGAUGUAAUAAAUUCAAAGGCUGGUUUUCAAAAUCCAGCGGACUGUGAAGUACCUAAUACUCAGGCCUGUUUAGUUGAACCCAACACUGAGAUGCCAUCGUUGACCUCUGAUGAGGAGUGUGCCAUAUUUCCAGUCUAUGCAGAGAGGGAUUCUGCUACAUCCACCUUUAGCCACAUGCCACCAGAAUAUGGAGACAAUGUCCGUAGCGGUGCAUAUGGCCCAGCAUCUGAAUAUUCAGAUCCAGAGCCCUUCUUUGACUGCAGGCAAGCUACGUCAGAUUUUUCAGAGACCGAGCCUGAUGAAACAGAGUUCAGAUCAAUUCCAAGUAAAGGUCAGCCUGGGGAUAGUCAUCCUGGAAGGAGAGAACAUGUGUACAGGCAUGCGUUGCUGUCAUCUGGAAGUGAAGACUGGGAGGAUGCUUUUGUUGUCCAAGAGACUUUUCGUACUGUACCUAACAAGACUGAAGACAUAUUCCAUUCGGAAGCAGAGGAAUUAACUGUGUGUGAGGUGCCUGGCUCUGAAAUAGGAGCUUUUGAUGAUACAAAUACACUGACAAGGGCUGAUGAAAUGCCUGACCUUCCGACUCAGUCUGUGACAGAAGAAAAAUACAAAGAUGAAAAUGGUCACAUUGUUGUUAGAAAGGUUUCUAGAAAAAUUAUUCGCAAGUGUGUUUCUUCGGAUGGUGUGGAGCGCGAAGAGGUCUCAAUAGAGGGAACCCCCCACGGGUCCAUCAGUGUUGCAGAAGGAGACGGCUACUCCAAAGUGGUGAAGCGAACUGUACUCAAGAGUGGGGGAGACCAUACUGAGGUUACAUUCUCUGAAUGUGAGGGUUUCUCAACAUCACAAGAGACCUCUGAGAUCCGUAAAGUCAGCCUGGCAGAACAAACCACAGUAGUCGAGGGUAAAAGAACAGUGACACACAAAGGAGACCUGUCGUUGGCCUCUGACCUCCCCUCGGCCCAAGAUGACUUCAAACAGGCUUUGGAUUACAUAGGCGGUUUAACCAGAGCAGAUCUACCCCAUGUGGUGGAAAGUGAGACCGUCAAAGAGGAUGGAACUGUGGUCAGAAGGGCCCACGUGCGUGAAGGUCACACCCUCAGACAGACGGUGGUGCAGGGAGCUGGGCAGCGCAAACAGGUCCUUCUCGAGCAAGUGGACGGCCCCGCCGAGGGCUCCAAACCCCACGAACUCCAGCGGCAUCUGCACCAGCUCUUUCACCACUUCUACCAAGAACAAGAGGAGGACCGUGACGGCGACGAGGAACAGUAGAAGAAUGUGUAACGCACUAAUUUAAGGUGUCCUCCCCACCCCGCACCUCCCACUACUUCUCCUAUGCAUUUGCCACAUGUAAUCUUAGCGCGCACCUACAAGCUACCAGUCUUCCCGUUACAGCCAAACAAACGUCGUCCAUGAUGAGACAUUUCCUUCCCUUGCUGGGUGUGUUUCGAGAAUUUAUCGUUUGCCUUGUUUUGUGACCAAAGAUGAGUUGUGUUUUUUCCUGAUCAGUCUUAGGUUUCAUGUCAAGAAAGUCUUGUCAUCUAAAAAAAAAAUGCCAUUCAGAGUUAGCCCAAUUGAACUCUUAACCUUGGAACCAUUCUCCGGUGAGGACGCUCGGACGUGGCGAUAAGUCGCAGAAAGACUUUGCGGAAUAAUCCCGGCAAAGAAUAGACAUCGCACUCGAGUCACGUGGAGUGCAUUUAUUUAACCGCUGCUGCUGCUGCUGUGUUUCCGUGUAGGCCGCGUGUAAUCCGUCUUUUGGGCAUUCUGAUAUACAAGAAUUUCAUCUAAUCUUGACAAUACCGACAUCUGUAGCCUAGGGGUGAUUAAUCAACGGUGUGAAAAAGAGCAGGCAUGACUAAUCAACAUCAGCUUUGUCGUUUUCAUCUUGUUUGUGGAUUAUGUUUUAAUCAGACAGACUUUUCUCUGCACUGCGUCCUAAACGAUUGAUGGUCUUAUGGUUGUUAUGUCAUCGGUCCCUGCAUGACCCGGUCGCCAUUGGAUUCAUUUUGGAUCGUCUGAGCGAGUGGUAGAUACGUUACUCUGGUGUCCGAUAAUUAGAUUAUAGUAAGGAAAGGACUCACAUGGCCCCAUUCCUGGAGAGUGGGCAUGCAAUCUGCUGAAAUGAUGGAAAGUACCACUCUAGGUGGGGGGCAAAUGAUCGAUUUUUGGAUGCAUCGCAUUUGGGACGUGGGCAAUUGUAAAAUCCAUGAGUAAACAUCAAUAGUUGAUUAUUUAUUUAUUGUAAAUAAAGUAUUGCAGACAGUUCCACCUCACAGAGAGAGCCGACCAGCUUCUUUAUUUUAGGACACAUAAUAAAUAUAACAAGGAUGAAUUUGACUGUUUCUUGUUACAAACGCACCGUUUUUAAAAGUUGCAUGUGAUGAAUGCAAUGUAAAACUGCAUCAAUAUACAUUACAGGCCAAAAGUUUGGACACACCUUCUCCUCAUGCAAUGUGUUUUCUUUAUUUUCAAGACUAUUUACAUUGUACAUUGUCACAUCAAAACUAUGAAUUAACACAUGUGGAGUUAUGUACUUAACAAAAAAAAAGGUGAAAUGACUGAAAACGUGCUAGUUUCUUCAAAAUAGCCACCCUUUGCUCUGAUUACUGCUUUGUGCACUCGUGGCAUUCUCUCAAUGAGCUUCAAGCCCUUUGCACACUCUUGGCAUUCCCUUGGCUUCAAGAGUUAGUCACCUGAAAUGGUUUUCCACUUCACAGGUGUGCUUGAAACUCAUCGAGAGAAUGCCAAGAGUGUGCAAGGCAGUAAUCAGAGCAAAAGGUGGCUAUUUUGAAGAAACUAGAAUAUAAAACAUGUCUUCAGUUUUUUCACCUUUUUUUUGUUACGUACAUAACUCCCCUUGUGGCGAAACGAGAGCUGAGCCAGAAGGCAAACCUCUCGGUCUGCCGAGCUAUCUACAUUCCUACUCUCGCCUAUGGUCAUGAAGUGACCAUAGACAUGACCGAAAGAAUAAGAUGGCAGAUACAACGCUUCAGGAUUCCCCAGGAGGAAGUUGCUAAUGUUGCUCUGGAGAGGGAAAUCUGGGGGUCUCUGCUAGAGCUGUUGUCCCCGCGACCCGAUUCCGGAUAAGCGUUUGAAGAUGGACGGAUGAAUAACUCCACAUGUGUUCAUUCAUAGUUUUGAUGAAAAUAAAGAAAACACAUUGAAUGAGAAGGUGUGUCCAAACAUUUUGGCCUGUACUGUAUAUAAAGACGCAUCAAUAAUCGAUUUUUAAUACAAUUGUAGCUCCUGAGUGGUAAUGGAAUGGCAAGGUGCCCAAAGAUUCCUACCUCCACCAUGUAGCAAAGUUGGAAUCGCCGCAAAACACAUUUUAAAACGCUCAAUGCUUCAAUUUGUCACGUUUCAUGUGUCGGGUAAACCGCGGCGAAUGGGACCAUAUGAAUACCCUUCCUACUGUACAUCAUUGGACUCCUGCUGUACCCCUCAUUUGUUAUUAUUUAUUGUAAAAUCGUUCACAUUUUGCCAUUAAGAGAGGUCAAUUGGUGUUGUUGUUUUUUUGAUGUGUUUAUGAUUAUUCACAUGUGUUGAGCGUUUGGGAGUGAAAGUUGUAUUUAAAUUUUUUUUUUGGAGUAUGCAUUACUUUAUGUUCACCAACUGUAGAAACAGAUUGAUUUUACACAACCGUGAUUUGCACUCCUGAAUGUCAGGAUGGAAAGCCUCCAUGCUGUUUGUGCACUAGCUGUGUUCAAAUCAAAUAUGUCCUUUUUGUGUCAUUCUUUUUUGGGCAGCAGGAUAGAGACCGGUUUAGUGCUUCAAUAAACCAUUAUUCCCUGCUCAAAGCAUCGCUACUGUAUGUAAAUCUAUCAUGUUUUCAUGUCACCAUCACUGUUUGUUUACUUUGUGAUUUAGAGAGAGGACUAAAACAUGCUUUGUGGAGGUUCACUGUGACCGGUAUAUAUAUAUAUAUAUAUAUAUAUAUAUAUAUAUAUAUAUAUAUAUAUAUAUAUAUAUAUAUAUAUAUAUAUAUACAUAUAUGUCUAUAUAUAUAUAUAUAUAUAUAUAUAUAUAUAUAUAUAUAUAUAUAUAGACAUAUAUAUAUAUAUAUUCAUAUAUUUUUCAUUUGGAGAAAAUAUAAGCACCCCUUUUUCUGUGAUUCUGACAGUUAUAUACUCACAUGAUGCAUAUGUAUAGAUAUCUAUAAGGGCAUGUCUUGCUGUUAAAACUUAAAAAGAUCCAACAAAAUGGCUGCAGUGUGUUUAUGGCUGACAAAUGAAAGCUGAGAAUAAAACUUUCAAAAUUAA